AUGGAGCUUAUGACAAUGGACCAACCCCAAUUACUGUCUAAGAUAGCCACGGGUGAUGGACAUGGUGAAAAUUCCCCAUACUUUGAUGGCUGGAAGGCUUAUGAAGAUGAUCCCUUUCAUCCCACCAAGAAUCCUAAUGGUGUUAUCCAAAUGGGUCUUGCAGAAAAUCAGCUUACUUCUGACUUGGUUCAACAUUGGAUAAUGAGUAAUCCUGAGGCUUCAAUUUGCACUCCAGAAGGAGCGCGUGAUUUCAAGGCCAUAGCUAACUUUCAGGAUUAUCAUGGUCUUCCGGAGUUCAGACAAGCUGUGGCUAAAUUCAUGUCAAGAACGAGAGGAAACAGAGUCACGUUUGAUCCUGAUCGUGUUGUUAUGAGUGGUGGAGCAACCGGAGCACACGAGGUCACCGCCUUUUGUUUGGCAGACCCCGGUGAUGCAUUUAUGGUCCCUACUCCUUAUUAUGCAGGUUUUGAUAGGGAUUUGAGGUGGAGAACAGGAGUUCAACUUCUUCCAGUUAUCUGUGAAAGCUCUAAUUACUUCAAAUUGACAAGGGAAGCAUUGGAAGUUGCGUUUGAGAAAGCCAAAGAGGAUAACAUCAGAGUAAAGGGCUUGCUUAUUACCAAUCCAUCAAAUCCAUUGGGAACUAUCAUGGAUAGAGAGACAUUAAGAACAGUGAUGAGUUUUAUUAAUGAAAAGCAUAUUCAUCUAGUAUGCGAUGAAAUAUAUGCUGCCACAGUUUUUUGCCAUCCCGGUUUCACGAGCAUCGCUGAGAUAAUAGAGGAAGACACUGACAUUGAAUGUAACCGUGACCUGAUUCACAUUGUUUAUAGUCUUUCAAAGGAUAUGGGGUUCCCUGGCUUCAGAGUUGGCAUCAUAUAUUCUUACAAUGAUGCAGUGGUCAAUUGUGCUCGAAAAAUGUCCAGCUUUGGAUUAGUGUCCACACAGACCCAAUAUCUUAUGGCAUCAAUGUUGUUGGAUGAUGAGUUUGUGGAACGGUUCCUUGCAGAGAGUGCUAAGAGGCUUGCCAAAAGGUAUGGAGUUUUCAUUAGGGGUCUUGCCCAAGUUGGCAUAAAGUGCUUGCAGAGCAAUGCUGGUCUCUUUCUAUGGAUGAAUUUGCGUAGUCUUCUCAAGAAACCAACAUUUGAAGCAGAAAUGGAACUCUGGAAAGUUAUCAUUCAUCAAGUGAAGAUCAAUAUUUCCCCUGGUUCUUCUUUUCAUUGUUCCGAGCCAGGGUGGUUCAGGGUAUGCUAUGCAAACAUGGAUGAUAAGGCUGUGGAAGUUUCUUUGACAAGAAUGCGCGCAUUUGUGAGUCAAAACAUGGCUGCCAAGAAACCUUGUAACCACAGAAACUUAAGGCUAAGCUCCUCAUUCAGAAGGCUGGAUGAUUUCUUGAUGUCACCUCACUCCCCUAUUCCUAUAUCACCUCUAGUUAAAGCCACGACUUGA